CCCAGAGUGCUCCACCCGACGGCGCGAUGUAUCGGCGACUUCCCGUGCGGCCAUUUUGUUUUUCAGUGCUGUCCAAGGGUACCGCGCUCUGUCCCGCACCAUGUUCCCCGUGGCCAGGGCUGCUCUGAACCUCACGGCUCGUGGUGUUCAUCGUACUGCAGUGAGACAAAGCCAUCACCGCAAACACGAGCCCAACUUCCAUGACAAGUACGGAAACCUGGUGCUGCUGGGCGGAGCGGCAGUUUUUGCUUCUGUCUGGGGCUAUGUGCUCACACAAUCCGGGAUGGAGUGGGGCUUGUCGCCAGUCGGCAGAAUCACUCCUAAGGAAUGGAGGGAGUAACAACCUUUGCUUGUAAAGAACUGCUCUGAGCUUCCACGAGAGGAAAAGAACCACAUAUAUGUAUUAACGUGCUGUUCCCUGGGUACCACUUGUGGCAUUCCCGGUCUAAUAAAGAUGCUUAAAAACCUG